GUGGAUAAGGCUGGAGGUGGGGGCAAUGCAUAGCACUCUAGACGCACGAACUACCCAGAAGCGUGGGAGAAACUUGGAGACGAAUAAUGUCGUCUCACUCGGAUUCGAGAAGACAUCAACGGCAACUGAGCACUUAGGAGGAUGGUGGCCGUUUCCGUGUGAAAACUUCUCCAUUAACUUGGAUUUGAGAAAGUCAAGGAGAUGGCCUCGGAGGUCGUGUGUGGAUUGGUCUUCAGGCUACUCCUGCCAGUUUGUUUGGCAGCAGCAUGCCUGUUCAGGUACAAUGGGCUGUCCUUUGUCUACCUCAUCUACCUCCUUCUCAUUCCCCUCUUUGCGGAGCCCACCAGAGCCACCAUGCAGGGCCACACGGGGCGCCUGCUGAAGUCCCUCUGCUUCAUCAGUAUCUCCUUCCUCAUCGUCCACAUCAUCUACCAGAUCACCAUCCACAGCCUGCUGGCGGGAGAGGCCAUCGACGCCCAAUUCAACUGUUCCUCUUGGGAGAAGUCCAUGAGACAGAUAGGCUUUGAGAGUGUGAUUGGUGCAGACGGGGGGAAUGGCAUCCGAGUGUUCAUCCCGGACAUUGGCAUGUUCAUGGCGGGGCUGGGCACAUGGAUGCUAUGCCAGCGGAGUCUGAUGCAGAAGAGAGCAGCUGAAGGGAUGGCCCAGGACAACACUGAGUUUGAGCCAGAGGAGCUGGAUGAUGAGAAAGAUGCCGAGAAAGUGGACCUGGAUGACAACAUCCUGUUUGACGAGGACUUUGAUGCCGAAGACGAGGCUGAGGAUGAGGAAGACAUGCUGUUUGAGGAGGAGGAUGAAGAAGAAGAGGAAGAGGAGGUGGAGGAGAGCACAAAGAUGAAGAUCUUGCGUCAUGUCGCUGGCGUGGCAUCGAAAGUCAAAGAGGUCAUCGGCAACCUGAUCACCACUGCGGGGAAGGUGGUGGUCACCAUUCUAUUGGGUCUUACAGGCAUCAUGCUUCCGUCGGUGACAUCUCUGACGUACUUCCUGGUCUUCAUGGGUCUGUGCACGUGGUGGUCGCUGUGCCGGACCUUCGACACGCUGCUCUUCAGCUGCCUGUGCGUGCUCAUGGCCAUCUUCAGCGCCGGACACAUUGUUGUGCUCUACCUCUACCAGUUCCAGUUCAUCCAGGAGAGCUUCUCACAAAAUGACACCGUCAUCAGCGUGUUCGGCAUCUCUCCGGUCAUCCAGACCGACUGCACCUCCACCUGGAGGUUCGUGGUGAACCCCACGCUCGAGUGGCACCACUUCGUCAAUCCCAUCAUGAUCCUAGUGCUGUAUUACACGCUGGCCACACUCAUCCGCCUGUGGCUGCAGGAACCCCUGGAGGAGGAGGAGGAAGAGCCGGAGGAGAACGAGGGUGAUGUAGCCGUGGGCAACAGCAGUGGCCAUACUGCUGGACACAAGAGGCAACAGUGGUGGAAGGCUCAUCAGCGCACAGAUGAGAGAAAUCUACUCUCCACGCAAGAUGGCACCUUUGAGGCAAUUGUCGUCUCUUCAAAUGGGACGUCUUUUGACUAUGUCUCAACCCGGAAUACUGGAAAUGGGCCUGUCGGAAUGGACGUCUACUCCACCCCUCAGUACAAAGUGGACCAAACCAACGAGAUAUCAGAGAAAAAAGACAGUGGCGUAUACGAAGUGACAGACAUCACAGAGGAGGAGAAGCCAAUGGACGAGGUGGACGGGGAGGAGGAGGAGGAGGAGGAGGAGGGUGAGGAGGAGGAGGCUCAGGAGGAGAAAGGGCCAAACGCUGUGGUGAAGGUGUUCCGGUUCGUCAUGAAGCAGAGCUACAUCUGCGCCCUCAUCGCCAUGAUGGCGUGGAGCAUCACGUACGUGAGCUGGCUGACGUUCGUCCUGCUGCUGUGGUCGUGCAUGCUGUGGAUGGUGCGCGACCGCCGCCGCUACGCCAUGCUCAGCUCCCCCUUCAUGGUCGCCUACGGCAACCUCAUCCUGCUGCUGCAGUACAUCUGGAGCAUCGAGCGGGUGCCGGGCGUGCCAGGUCUCUUCCUGAAGUCGCGCGUCCCCUUCUCAGACCUGGGCUCCAAGAUGCUGUGCCUGCUGAGCUUCUGGCUGCUGCUGCAUCAGACACUGAUGGAGAGACAGGACAAGCUCAAUAAGGAGGCGGAGGCAGAGACGGAGACGGUCCUGUCUGACGUUAAAGUGGACACUCCUAAAAAGGAGGACGAGGAGAAGGAGGACGGCGAUGGCGAUGAGAAUGACCUCAUGCAGGUGCUGGGCAACAUGGUCAUGGGCCUGCUGGUCAAGUACUGGAUCUACAUCUGCGGGGGCAUGUUCUUCUUCGUCAGCUUCCAGGGCCGAAUCGUCAUGUACAAGAUCAUCUACAUGAUGAUGUUCCUCUUCUGUGUGGCCCUCUACCAGGUUCACUACGAGUGGUGGAGGAGGAUCCUGAAGUAUUUCUGGAUGUCUGUGGUGGUGUACACCAUGCUUGUGCUCAUUCUAGUCUACACCUACCAGUUUGAGAACUCGCCCAGAAUCUGGCACAACAUGACCGGCUGGAAGGAGGAGAAACUGAAGGAUCUCGGUCUGGAGCAGUUUGUGACGACGGAGCUGUUUGCACGGAUCUUCAUCCCCACGUCCUUCCUGCUGGUCACUGUCCUGCACCUGCACUACUUCCACGAGCGCUUUCUGCAGCUCACUGACCUCAAGGCCGUCGUCACCAAACAGGAGAGCAGCAUCUACAGCCAUGCCAAAGUCAGUAGCCGUGUCUAUCUAAUCAUGAAUAGCAUCAAGCAAAAAAUCCCCUCUCCUGAGAACAAGCUGGCGCACCCUGAGGGCAGCUUGGCAGACAUCACCAUGCUGAGCUCGUCACCUGACCCACUGCUGAAGGAGCAGAGUGAGAGCUCGGAGCGGGAGCCAGAGGAGGGGGGCGGCAGCGAGAAGUUGGUGCUGGUGGUAAAGGGCCUGGAGGGGCCCAAGUCCAGGCAAGCCUCCCUGAUGCUGUCCAGCCAGGAGGAGAGUGUCCACAGCGUCCGCAGCACUGCCUCAGAGCCAGAGCCCCCAUCCGACCAGAGCUCAGACCUGAAGAACAAGUGGCAUUUGGUGGUGGACCGGCUGACUGUCCUCUUCCUGAAGUUUCUGGAAUAUUUCCACAAGCUCCAGCUCUUCAUCUGGUGGCUCCUGGAGAUCCACAUCAUCAAGAUCGUCUCCUCCUACAUCAUACUGGUGUCGGUCAAAGAGGUGUCCUUGUUUAAUUAUGUGUUCCUGGUGUCCUGGGCAUUCGCUAUGCCCUAUGGUCAGUUCCGCCCCCACGCCUCCAGCGUUUGCACCAUCUGGACCUGCAUCAUCAUCAUCUGCAAGAUGUUGUACCAACUGGAAUCCAUUGAGCCUGUUACAUACUCCAGUAACUGCUCCAUGCCUGACGGCUACCAAAAACACCAGGCGGACGAGCUGAAGGAGUCCCUGCUGUAUAAAGAUCUUGUUGAUCCCUCCAACUGGGUGGGUCUGAAGAAGUUCGAUAAGUUGCUGGAGAAUCUCAGGAACAACUUGUUGAUGCUGGCUAUCCUAGCCUUUGAGGUGACCAUCUACCGACACCAGGAGUACUACCGCCUGCAUAACGGCCUCAGCCCACCCCCUUCCAGAACAAUCUUCCAUGACAUCACACGGCAGCACCUUGACAUGGGCAUUGUCAACUGUGCCAAAUACUUCAUCAACUACUUCUUCUACAAGUUUGGGCUUGAGGUGUGCUUCCUGCUUGUGGUCAAUGUUAUUGGACAGAGGAUGGACUUCUAUGCCAUGCUCCAUGCUUUUGGCCUGAUCGCAGUCAUGUACCGGCGGCGGAGGAAAGCCAUCGCCGAGAUCUGGCCCAAAUACUGCUGCUUCCUGGCCUGCCUGCUCACCCUCCAGUACUUUGUGUGCAUUGGGAUACCACCAGCAGCCUGCAAAGACUACCCCUGGAGGUUUCCAAACUCUACCACAGACUCAAAUGUGAUCAAAUGGCUCUAUUUGCCUGACUUUCACACUAAACCCAACCCCUCGUUUCUCGCCUAUGACUUCAUGCUGCUGUUGUGUGCAUCGCUGCAGAGGCAGGUAUUUGACGAUGAGAACAAGGCGGCCGUGCGUCUCAUGGCUGGAGAUAACGUGGAGAUCUGCCGAGAUCUGGAUGCCGCAUCCUUCAGUGUCUACAACCCAGUGCCAGACUUCAUUCACUGCAGGUCAUACCUGGACAUGUUGAAGGUGAUCAUGUUCAGCUACCUGUUCUGGUUCGUCCUCACCAUCAUCUUCAUCACAGGCACCACGCGUAUCAGUGUCUUCUGCAUGGGCUACCUGGUGGCCUGCUUCUACUUCCUGCUCUUUGGCGGAGACCUGCUGCUCAAGCCUAUCAAGAAGAUCCUCCACUACUGGGACUUCCUCAUUGCCUACAACAUAUUUGUCAUCACCAUGAAGAACAUACUGUCUAUCCUUGCGUGUGGCUACAUCAAAGACCUGAUGGUGAACCAGUGCUGGCUGAUCCAGUUGUUUAGUCUCGCCUGCACCAUUAAAGAGUACAAAGUCUACGAUGAAAUCAAAGCUAUGAAAGAUGAGACGUGUGAAUUGCCAAGCGACGAAGCAGGUAUCAUCUGGGACAGCAUCUGUUUCGCCUUCCUGUUGCUCCAGAGGCGUGUCUUCAUGAGCUACUACUUCCUGCAUGUGGUAGCUGACAUCAGGGCCGCACAGAUCCUCGCAUCCAGAGGGGCUGAGCUGUUCCAGGCCACCAUCGUGAAGGCAGUCAAGGCUCGGCUGGAGGAGGAGAACAAGUCCAUGGAGCAGCUGAAGAGACAGAUGGACCGGAUUAAGACCCGGCAGCAGAAGUUCAAGAAGGGCAAGGAGAAGAUCCUCUCCAUGACCCAGGAGUCCAGCGACGGCCAGAACCUCAUCCCACCUGAGGAAGAGGAUGAUGAUGAUGGAGCAGAGAAAAAGAAGGCCAAAAAAAAGCAGUGGUGGAGGCCUUGGGUUGACCAUGCUUCCAUGGUUAGAAGUGGAGACUAUUACUUAUUUGAGACUGACAGCGAGGAAGAGGAGGAAGAGGAGGAGAAAAAAGAGGAAGAACCACCCAAAAAGUCAGCCUUCCAGCGCGCGGUUGGAAAGUUUGCCUCAGCAGUUUUGGCUUUGCCAAAGUCUAUCAUUAAGCUACCAAAACUUAUACUGCAUCAUAUUGUCAGGGUAGCAAAGUUUGUUUACCACACCUGGAUCACAGACUCCAAAACCGCCCUGAAAGAGAGGAGCAAAGAGAAGCGACGAUUCUGGAAGAAAUAUGCUAGAGGAAGACACAAGAAGAGCCAGAAAGAGGGUCAUGUGACCAUCGAGGUGGGAGACUCGGAGCAGUCCGAGAACGAGGAGGAGGGGAAGAAGUCUCCAGACAACAUCAUUAAGCGUGUCUUCAACAUCAUCAAGUUCACGUGGGUGCUCCUGCUGACCACCAUCGACAGUCUGACCAUGUGGAUGAACUCCAUGUGCAGAGAGUACAUUGACAUUUCCACAGUGCUCCGCAUUGAGCGCUGCAUGCUCACCAGAGAGGUCAAAAAGGGUAACGUCCCAUCGCGGGAGAGCAUUCAGGUGUACUACCAGAAGCAGAUGUCUUUGGCCAUCUCCCGUGAGUCAGGUCUCGACCGCAUCAGCGAGGAGGACUCCAUGUCUGGGUCCCAACGGGUCAGACGGAGACGGGCCGGUUACAGGGAUUACAGCCAGGAUUCCAGAGACUCCAUUGCGUCACGAGACAGCAUGUCCAGCGCCUACACUGAGGCCACCAUGCUCUUUUCCCGUCAAUCCACUCUGGAUGACCUGGACGAAAUGCCAGAGAACAUUCCAAAAACCAGUGAGCGUGCCCGGCCAAAGCUUCGCAAAAUGUACGGCCUGGACAUGUCCAACUCCUCUGCGGACAGCGGGAGCAGCAUUAUAUCCAGUGAGCCCACUCAGUGUGUUACCCUGUUCUCACGACAAGGCACCAACGACACCAUUGAGGAGGUGGAGGGUGAGAAGGACCAGGCUGAGGAGGAGGAGCAGGAGGUGCAGCAGGAGCAGGAGCAAGAGCAGGCGGAACCUGUGGAGCAGGUGGAGCCUGUGGAGCAGCCAGAGGAGGAGCUUGAGGGAGAUGCCAGCAGCCUCUGGCCUGCAGGAGGUGACGUGGAGUUGGGCGUGGAAAGGGAGGAGGAGGCGCAGGAGGCCCAUCGGGAGGGAGCUGAGGCAGGGGAGACGAGGCGGCCAUCGGGCACGGAGGAGGAGGACAACAACGAAGAAGUGAGAGAGCACGCGGCCGGACACGACGAAGGCGAGUCCUCUGGGCUCGAGUACCUGCACACAGACGGAAGAGAGGGCCAGCUGUUCACGCCGGACACAGACGCCCCCAACACCUCGGACGCAGACGUGCCGCCCAGCUACAGCAAGGCGGUGAGCUUCGACCGGCUCUCCGUCAGCACGGACGGCAGUGGUGAUGACAGAAGGAUGAUGAUCAUGACCCCAGACAGCCGCUCCGACCUGGACGACUCGCUGCUGCCCUCCAUGACCACUGAGCUGACGGCCAGCGAGCUCCUGCUCAACAAGAUGUUUUACGAUGAUGAGCUGGAGAACUCCGAGCGUUUCUACAAAGGCCAGCCCCAGCUGCUGCAGCUCUGCUAUGCCCUGUACAACAUGCUGGUGGCCCACUCGGAGAUGGUCUGCUACCUGGUCAUCAUCCUCAACCACAUGAUCUCGGCCUACGCGGCCACUCUGGUGCUGCCCAUCCUCAUCUUCCUCUGGGCCAUGCUGUCUGUGCCACGGCCCAGCAAGCGUUUCUGGAUGACCGCCAUCGUCUACACAGAGGCCACCAUUAUAAUCAAAUACUUCUUCCAGUUUGGCUUCUUCCCUUUCAACCAACAACUCGCUAUGCAUAAGAACAGGCCCUUCCAUCCUCCAAACAUCAUUGGCACGGAGAAGAAAGAAGGUUAUGUGCACUACGACCUGGUCCAGCUUCUUGCACUGUUCUUCCACCGCUCUAUUCUGAAGUGUCAUGGACUGUGGGACGACGACGGCCCCAGACCAUCUCCACAGAAGGACACUACCUUUCAUCGGGACGAGUCCGAGGAUGAGGAGAAGGCUGUGUCCAUACACUCCUCGCAGGACCGGAAGGGCUCUGUCCCCUCUAUGAGAUCCAUCAACUUCGGGACAUCCAUCGACUCGGUGCAGAUGCAGGUGCAGGUGCAGGUGCGCACAGCGGAGCAGCGCACCUACCAGAGGAGGCGGAGGAGCUCCGGCGGCACCUCGCACCUCUCCAGACACUCCUCCCUGCGCUCCAAGAGAGGUAGCACCAGCACACGCAACAGCAGCAAGAAGGAUGGGAGCGAGGCUGAGGUCCACCAGAAAACCCGCAAGGAGAUGAUCAUCGAGAAGAUCCGGGAACAGCUCAUCAAAGCCAGGGUGUUCAUCAUAAAGAGAGCUUUGGAGAUCUACCUCCCCAUUCGCCAGUUCUUUUACGACCUGGUCCACCCUGAUUACAGUGCCGUGACCGACGUCUAUGUGAUGAUGUUCCUGGCCGACACGGUGGACUUCAUCAUCAUUGUCUUCGGCUUCACAGCUUUUGGAAAACACACUGGUGGCGCUGACAUUGCCUCAUCGCUGUCGGAGGAUCAGGUCCCAGGUGCUUUCUUGGUCAUGGUCCUGAUCCAGUUUGGCACCAUGGUGGUGGACCGGGCCCUCUACCUCAAGAAGACUGUGGUGGGCAAAGUGAUAUUCCAGGUGAUCCUGGUGUUCGGGAUCCAUUUCUGGAUGUUCUUCAUCCUUCCUGGAGUAACGGAGAGGCGUUUCGGUGACAAUAGGGUGGCCCAGAUAUGGUACUUUGUGAAGUGCAUUUACUUUGGCCUGUCAGCCUAUCAGAUCCGCUGUGGAUAUCCUACACGAGUGCUAGGCAACUUCCUCACCAAGAGCUACAACUAUGUGAACCUCUUCCUCUUCCAAGGAUUCCGGUUGAUUCCGUUCCUGACGGAGCUGCGUGCAGUCAUGGACUGGGUAUGGACAGACACCACCCUCAGCUUGUCCAGCUGGAUCUGUGUGGAGGACAUCUAUGCCCACAUAUUUGUGCUCAAGUGCUGGAGAGAGUCGGAGAAGCGUUACCCUCAGCCGCGGGGCCAGAAGAAGAAGAAGGUGGUGAAGUACGGGAUGGGGGGCAUGAUCGUCAUGCUGCUCAUCUGCAUCGUCUGGUUCCCACUGCUCUUCAUGUCCCUGGUCAAGUCUGUGGCCGGCGUGGUCAACCGACCCCUGGAUGUGUCCCUCAAGCUCCAGCUGGGAGGAUUUGAGCAUAUAUUCACCAUGAGUGCCCAGCAGAAUCAUCUGAGGGAUAUAUCUGAGGAUGAGUUUAACACCUUUCUGAAGAUAUAUGGGUCUGAUACAGAUGUUAUGCCGUUUCUAGAGUCCUACACGUUUGAGGACUUGACCAUAGCUGAGCUGGAGGGCAGCUCUAACUCCCUGUGGACCAUCAGCCCUCCCAGCAGAAAAACCCUCAUCCAGGUCUUGGGGAAGACUGAAGAUGAGUUUACCAUCACCAUAGAUUGGUCUGUGCAAAGGGACCUUGAGUUAGGGGCCAAGGCUGAGGUAUCCAGUGGGAAAUAUGUGACAAACCUGGACAAUAAGACCAGGAUAGAGCUGGUCCAGCUGCUGAAUGGCACACGCAAGGACUCAGUGAUACUCCCACAUAUUUUCCCACAAUAUAUGAGAGCUCCAAGUGAUUCAAGUGCCAAACCUAUCGUGCAGUUUUAUAAGGAUGAAAAAUACAUGAACAUCACACUGAAUCUGGGCAGGCCUGAAUCAACAUCAAACAAGACCAAAUCAGCAAAUGAAACGGAAGUGAUCCAAGAGUGGUGGAUCGUCAACCAGACAAGGGCGGGUGAGCUCAAGUCCACCUUCAUGAAGCCGAAUAAAUCAGGACUGGAGCUGUAUGUCUUUAGUGACAAGGUUAGCCCACCUAGCUUGGGCUUUCUGGCUGGAUAUGGGAUCAUGGGCUUGUAUGCCUCUGUGGUGCUCGUCAUUGGGAAGUUUGUGCGCGAGUUCUUCAGCGGCAUCCACCACACGAUUAUGUUCGAGGAGCUGCCCAACGUGGACCGCAUCCUCAAGUUGUGCACCGACAUCUUCCUGGUGCGCGAGACUGGCGAGCUGGACCUGGAGGAGGACCUCUACGCCAAGCUCAUCUUCCUCUACCGCUCCCCAGAGACCAUGAUCAAGUGGACCAGGGAGAAGACCCAAUGAGGGUCUGAUAGUGCAACAAGGCUCAGCGCAGGGGCCAGUUGUUUUUUUAUAAACAAUGAUAAGAGAAAGCACAAAAACAAGCACAAGGUGGAGGAGCAAGUAUUGACAUUGAUGUUCAUAAAUGCAUGUCAGUGUAUGAUUGUGGGGUAGAAGUGGGUGUUAGGGUACAGAUUCCUCCUUGGUUUGUGCCACAAAACAAGUUGAUGUGUUUACAGUGCACAGCAUUACCCCAGCAUGGUAGAUCAUCUCUUCCAGCUGCUGGGCUUUGAAGGGCUUUCUCCAGGAUCGGAAACAGACUGCAGUCUGCUCCCCCAUACCAUAGGUCCGUCGCACUGACCUGAUGUAUGCUUGUUGGACAUGCUUGGACCAUUUUAAGCUGGCGGCGCAUUAGCCCAAUAUGGAUAAAUACAGACGUACUUUUCCAAAGAAAUUUAUUUAUUCCCCCAUUUCUCCUGAAUCCUGGAAUAUGAACAGAACAUGCUGAAAGAAUGGCUAUGAGGGUAGCCUCCUCUAAAUAAUACAAUAUAAUAUAUAUAUAUAUAUAUAUAUAUAUAUAUAUAUAUAAAAAAAUAUGAUCUUGCCUUAUUUUGUUUGUACGAUUGAAAAAAAAAAACUUGACGACGCAUUAAUUAGUUACAAUAUUUCUCAGGAAAAAACACAACACAGUCACAUAUCAUUUCCAUAUGAUGCUUCUCAUGUGAAUGUAAACAUGACUAGAAUGAAAAACUAUGUUUUUUCAUGUGUCAGCAGUCUCAUGACACAGUGCAGAAAAUGCUGUACCUCUAUAUGCUCACCUUUUUGUUUACAGGUACUAGUGUUGUUUGACUGAGGCUUUUAUGUGGAUGUAGACAUCUCUGUGAUGAAUAUAAUAAUUACCAAAGUUUAAUUGUAAAGUUAAAUAUUUGGUAUGGUAAAUAUGAGGGUACAGUACCUUUAUUGUGUCUACUUGUGUCAUUAUGAUGUAUUUGGGAUAACUGCAAUCUAUGGACAAUGAGGUGAGCACAUGAGCACACAUGGAGGAACCCGGGGUGGACAUACUGAAGUGCAAAGGAGGCAGCUGGCUUUGAAGCAGUGAAAGACUGGUAGAAUACGCUGGACAUUUUACCAGCUGUGACCCGGGAGAACCCAAGUUAAUGGUCACAAUUAAGUUUGCAAAUAUGACAUGAUGGUAUGUUUAUUCCCACUUAUAACCAUCAACUAUUAAGAGUUAAGAGUAGAAAAACAAGGAUAGAGAAGGUAAAAAAUGAUGUUCCAAACAAAGCAGAUACAUGUACGCAUUAGCAAAAGCAUGAUUUUUGACUUAAGACCUUUCUCAUUACAUGCAGGUACUAUGUAGAAGGGCUUAGAGAUGAAAACAAAUAGAGUAAAGUUGAACCCAUUUUCCUGUAUCAGCUGUAGCAUUGCAUGUGUUGACUCGUUUGCGAUUACAUUUUAUCUCUCAGACCUUUUUUCUAAUUCUACAAUUCAUCCUUCACUCCUAGAGAUUUUUGGACAGCCGCAUGAUGUAACCCUGGAGCAACAUCUACAAAUAAAAACAGUCCUUUUUG